UACUAAAGAGAGGGAAAAUCUUGUUCCAAGUAGAUUUCUUGAAAACAAAAGAAAAUAAAAAUGGCAGCAAUGGAAUCAGUAGCAAUCUCAUUCUCACAUCUUUCAUAUUCUUCAAAUCCAUCAUUACUAUCACCUGCUUCAACAAGAUCAAGUCUUUCAUUUCCCCUUUCCACCACAAAACUUUCCCAACAAUCUUAUCCCCAUCUUUUGUCCAUUUCAAGAAAAUUUCAAGUAUUCUCCUCAUCAGCAAUUCAACAAGAUGUUUUGGUACAACAAGAAACACAGAAUAAUGCCCAGAUACAAAAAACCCUUUUUGUUCUUAAUCUUCCAUGGACUUACUCUGUUGAUGAACUCAAGAAUCUUUUUGGUGAAUGUGGGACUGUUGUAGAUGCUGAGAUUAUAAAGAGGAAAAAGGAUGGAAAGAGUCGAGGGUAUGCAUUUGUUACAAUGGCUUCCACUGAAGAGGCACUUUCAGUAAUUGAAAAAUAUGAUUCUCAUGAAUUAAUGGGUAGGAUUAUCCGGGUAGAAUUUGCAAAAGAUAGUAAGAAGUCUUCACCUCCACCUUUUACUCCUGGUGAGAAACGGUAUAAACUAUACGUGUCAAAUCUAGCAUGGAGAGUAAGAAGUAAUCAUCUUAAAGAGUUCUUUGGUGCCGACUUCAACCCUGUAUCCACCAGGGUUGUUUUUGAAAGUCCUGAAGGAAGAUCUGCAGGAUAUGGAUUUGUGACUUUUGCUUCUAAAGAAGAAGCAGAAUCUGCUAUUUCCGCCCUAAACGGAAAGGAGUUGCUAGGAAGGUCAAUAGCUGUAUCAUUCAGCGAGAGAAGUGAAGAUACUAGCAAAACCGAUAAAGAGAACACUUCUAUCGAACAACCUGCCCAAGCAUAGUUUGCUGAAAUCCGAGUUGGCAACUAGUUUUUGGCAGUGAUAACAUAUAAAAAAGCAUAGUUUGCUGAAAUCAAAUGGAUAAAGAGAUUGUUUCGUCAAUGUAACAUAUAUCAUGAAUCCAGUUCAUUUUUUAAAACUCAUCCAUCUAUUAUUAUAUUUCAAUUUCUAA